AUUUAUUCAUCAAUCGAUUCAUCUCAUCGGACAUUGAUCGUCGGCGAUGUUCAUGGUUGUAUCGAUGAAUUAAACGAAUUAAUUAGUAAAGCAUUACCAAAUUAUGAUCAGUCAACUGAUAUGAUUUUAUUUGUUGGGGAUUUGGUUGGGAAAGGACCAUCUUCACUGGAAGUUGUCGACAGAGUUCGUCAAUUAGGUGGACAUUCAGUAUUGGGUAAUCAUGAUCAAUAUUUACUUAAAUGUGCAGAACAACAAGGAAGAUUAGAUGAAUUAAAAAAAUUAAAACCAGAUAAUCCAAUUGAUUAUUCGUAUUUAGCAUGUUUACCUGCUUUUAAAGAACCUAGUUUAUCUGAUUCUGAACAUCAUGCAUUAGCUUCAGAAGCAUCUUUAGAUCAAUUGGAAUUUCUCUCGACAUUACCACUAACAAUAACAAUACCAUUUUAUGACAUAGUUAUUGUUCAUGCUGGACUACGACCACAAAUAUCAUCUUUAAAUGAUCAAAAUCCAUUUGAUUUAUUGAAGAUGCGUGAUAUUUUAGACGAUGGUAGUACGAGUGAAAAACGUGGAGUAGGACAACCAUGGGCAUCGAAAUGGUCAGGAAAAGAAUUUGUUGUAUUUGGUCAUGAUGCUGCUAGAAAUUUGCAAGUAUUUGAUCACGCAUUAGGUUUAGAUACUGCUUGUUGUUAUGGUAAAGAACUCACUGGGUAUCUUUUACCAGAUAAAAAAAUUAUUUCAGUUAAAGCAAAACGAAUUUAUUCAAAGCCAGAGAACUGA